CAGACUACCUGGGAUGAAGUUCAUGAAUCGUUUGAUCAUAUGAAAUUGAAAGAAAAUCUACUGCGAGGAAUUUAUGCAUACGGGUGAGUUUUUUUUUAAAAAAACUGUUUGUCGAAAUAAAUUGAAUUUGAACAAAGUUCAUUCAGGCACAUGAGCUUUUAAGCGUAUAUCAUUAUAAUAAUGUAAUACCAGUUUAUGGCGUUUGCAGCUUUGAGAAACCAUCAGCAAUUCAACAAAGAGCAAUAGUCCCAUGCUGUAAAGGUUAGUAUAAAUAUUGUAAUUUUUAUUGAACAUUUUCAUGACUUCAGCCUGCUUUAUACUUUACAAUCGAACGCAAGCGAAAACCUAACUUUCCUAUUUUUCAAGGGUAAUAAAUUACUAAUGGGUCUCUUUUUAAGCUUUAAAAAUAGUGACCUCUCUUUAUUGAUUUUACGUUAACGACGAAAAAUCAGCCUUCGCUGAAAACUUUCUCUGUUGCAUUUGACUGUUGACGUUUCUGGCUUCUUGCUAGAAAUGGCAACAGAUACCAUGGCUAGUGAAAUGGUAAUGAUUUGUUCAUCCGAACCAGUCAAAUGUAGAAACGCUUGCUGUUAUUUGUGCUUGAAGAACCUUAUUUUACUUUGAGUUAUAACAACAGAAUUGAAAUGAUGCAUAACAGGCAAAGUAGAGACAAAAUAUGUCUUAAAAAACCCAUGAAUUGCUAUUAAAAAAGAAAAGAAGAACCAGAGGGGGCUAAACAAAUCAACAACAGUUUUCCAUGGUCUGUAUUCUUAGGGCUAGUUUCCGUCCAAACGCUACAGUCGUUCCAAUGGUAAAAAAAUAGUUCAGCGAUCUGGCAGUUGAUAAUAAUAAUGACUGUAAAGCGCCUUGAACAUAGGAUAAGAGUGCUAUAGAAAUAAAGUUAUUAUUGUUAUUGAUGGUUUCCAUAUGAUUGCUGUGAUCGCCAUGAUCCACAAGAAGGUGAAUGAAGAUCAAGGAGAUCUCUGUCUGAAAACAUCUUUCACCCUACUCAGUUCACACUCAUGGUAGCACCACCUCUCUUCUGAAACUACAGUCAUACCUUUUUACAUCUGCCUAAAAGAGGCCAAAUUACAGUGGAACCUCAAUUUAACAAACCUCUACGUAAUGAAGUCCUUGGUGUACUAAACGAUUUUCUUCAGCCUGGCCAAAAUUACAAUAAAAUGAACGGAACAGAACUUUGAUAUAACCAACCUCAAUUUAAUGACAUCCUCAGUAUAAUGAACACAAUCCAGAAAAGCAAAUGCAAAAUAUACCUCGAUAUAACAAAUAAAUGUCAACACAUGACUGAAAGGUAGCCAAAGAUGAAUGCCAAAACAGACCAACGAGGACAAAAUUUAUGUGUACAGUACUUUUAAAUCGUUCUCUUUGCCUGUUCGUGUGUUUCUAGUGCCGUAGCUAUGUUCAGCCCUAAACUGACACAAUAGCUUUGUUUACAAAUGUUUAUAACAGAAAUUGGUCAGAUCCAGAAAUACUAGGAAUAAGUUAAUUGUUAACUAUUCCUUGAUAUAAUGUACAAAUUUCCCCAGCCCCUUGGCACUUCAUUAAAUCAAGGUUUCACUGUACCCAGACUUGUACCCAGUUGCUUUUUAUGUGUUUUUUGGGGGUGAGAGAAGAUUGGGGUCAGGUUGAGGCGCAUGGGAACUUGUCAGAAGGGACGAAGGAAAAAUAGCAACCGGCAGGUUUUGUUUCAGUAUGGUGGCUUGGGAAGAAAGGUCAUUGUCAGGCGAUGUAAGUAAGGCCUUAAAUGAAGGGACAUUAGCUUGCCCACACUGCAGCUGUAUUGCAAAUAAUAUCUUUGAAACAACUUCAGAAUACCCGGCCACAAAUGUUUGUGUAAAGUUUGGUGAUAUCUUCUAAAAAAUGAACAGUAUUUCAGGCUUUAUAUGUACAAGGCAAUUCAUGGUUCGGUCAUGCCAGCUUCGUUUUUGGAUGUAGCACACACUUAUUCAGACAAACUUCAUGAGGAUGAAACAAGAGCCUUUCUGGGAUGCAUUUGCCACCACUGUUUCAUGAAGGUAGGAAUUCAAGAAACAGUGCUGUCUUGCGUUGAUUUGUUUGAUUCUACAUGUAUUUACUUGCCAGUUAUAAAUUAUUAAUUAUAAUUUCUUUCUGCAAUAUCGAGAUGACCCAUCGUUUGUGGAAAGCUGGCGGAAGCUACAAAACUUAUUGGGUUUUGUUUCCUGCAGGGCUCUAUGGCUAGUUGCCUGGCUCUAUGAAACGAAAUCUGCAAGUCGCUAUUUUUCCUUCCUCCCUUCCCAUGAGUCCCCGCUCACCUCAACCUAACCCCAAUCUUCCCUCACCCUAAAAACACAUAAAUAGUGACUUGGUACGAGUUGCACUGUACUUGCUUUCUCAGCGUUCAUGGUGGCAGAAAUCUUGAAAUGAGUGAGCAUCCACAGUGCUCUCUGUUAUUUGUGCUGUAGUUAUGAUCGCUGAAGAGUGGUUAGCAUAUAAUUGCUGCGAUUGCCAUGGAACAUUUUUUCUAGCAAUAGCAGGGAUUGUAUUUAAACUAGGGUUUAUCGACCAUAGAAUGGAGGUCAAAAUUUUCAAAACUUAAGUGUAACCACCUGCCUCAGAUAAGUGGUUGCCAAGCGAGGUUUUGAACCUUUUGAUGUCAUUUCUGCGGUUGAUAAGAGUAUAGGCCAUGGAAAAUUGUUGUUGAUUUGCUUCUAACAAUAAAACAAAUUGCUUCACCAUCAUUUCAUUUACAUGGCCUUUACUCUUAUUAACAAUAGCUGUUGACCAAUCAAUGCAUGAUAGAUCGCUCGGUUAUUGUAAAAUAACAUUUAGUUGUAAGAGUAGUUUUUAAAGCAAUAAGCAUACUGUGAAUGAUAAAAUUGAUACAUGUUUCAAAUCCAGGGGAUGAGGUGUAUUCAGGCAAAGUUUCUUUCUUACAAUACAUGUAAAACUCUAAUUCAUGCCUUUGUUACUGCUAGGAUCGAUUAUUGUAACUCAUUGCUUUACGGCAGGGUUCUCAAUAGAUUUUUAAGUAGGAGGUGAUCACUGAUAAAGUAGGAGGCUCUUCAGCAAAGCCAGAGGUGUCAAAACAAAGCAAAGAAAAGCGACUUAAACACAAAGUAAGCGGCUAUAAAUCCCAAGGUAAGCGGCGAUCAAUCACCGGGUGCCGCCUUCUAUUGAGAACCCUGUUUACGGUCAGCCUAAAUGUAUCUUGAAACGUUUACAGAGAGUCCAAAAUAGUGCUGCUAGGCAUUUUCACCUUACUAGUAGAUAUGAGCAUGUUACGCCGUUGCUUAUUCAACUUCAUUGGCUACCAAUUGAACAAAGGAUAACUUUCAAAAUUGCAGUAAUUGCAUUUAAGGCGCCUCAUGGUGCUGCACCUAGCUAUAUCACUGAUCUCAUCAAGCCUUAUACACCUGGUAGACUUCUUAGAUCCUCCAAUCAAUUUUUACUUUCUACAUCUAAAUUUAAUCUUAAAACUUAUGGUGGCUGGUCUUUUACUAUUGCUGCACCUUCUGUUUGGAAUGCACUUCCAUUCGAACUUAGAUCUUGUAAUUCCCUUUCUUCUUUUAAAUCUAAGCUCAAGUCUUGGCUUUUUAAAAUUGGUUAUGAUGUUGUCGUAUAGAAUGAUGAUGUUUUUAUAGGAUGAAAAUGUAGUUUUGUAGUUUUGUAGGUUUAGGAUUUUGUUGUUAUUUUUAUUAUGUAAAGCGCUUUUGGACCAUUGGGAAUUUUUAUAGGAUGACAAUGUAGUUUUGUAGUUUUGUAGGUUUAGGAUUUUGUUGUUAUUUUUAUUAUGUAAAGCGCUUUUGGACCAUUGGGAAUUUUUAUAGGAUGACAAUGUAGUUUUGUAGUUUUGUAGGUUUAGGAUUUUGUUGUUAUUUUUAUUAUGUAAAGUGCUUUUGGACCAUUGGGAAUUAGCGCUCUAUAAAUAUUGUAUAUUAUUAUAUUAUUAAGUUCAGAUGGGGGUGAGCUUGUCAUACGGGCGAACAUUUGGGUUCACCUUGGAGUAGUGAUUGAUGAAAACCGCUUUCAACUUCAACUUCAACUUCAACUUUAUUUCAUAAGACUAUUGGUUACAAUAGACUGGCCCGCAAAAUAGCAAUUGCUAAUCUAGGCGGACCAGUUAAAAGAAAAAUAAAUUGAAAGGAAAAGAAAGGAAAGGAAAAGGAAGAAAAACUACAAUUUUAAGUUACAAUAAAUAAUAUUCUAUCACAGUUUUAUUUUAAUUACAUUAAAUCUGAACAAGCAAACAAACAAAUACUGUAAUACAGAAAUCACUAAACUAUUAAUCAAACUUUUUCAACUAUUAAGGGCGUCUCAAUAUAGUCAUCUUCUCUUUUUAAGAUAUCCGAAAGCCAUCUGUGAAGUACUUUCCUAAAUUUCUUUUUAGGAAGAUCUCUAAUAUGACAAGGCAUCUCCUUCCAAAGUUUUACACCAAAGAGAGACAAGGAGUUUUUGUGUAUUUCCAGCUUUGAGCUUUUGACGUGAAAGUUACCUGAACUAUAUGAUCUUGUAUAGUAUGAAUGAAUUGUUGAGGUUUUUUCAAAGAAAUUGAGCAGAUUUGUUGGCGAAUUGUUGUUGUUAAUAUCGUGCAUUAGAUUAGCCACAGUUUUAUAAUAAUUGUGUAGGUAAAUCAGAGAAAGUCCUUUCACGAAAGGAAUCACUUCAGAUCAUGAAAACUGGAUUGAACGACAUAGUAGACAAGACUUAUAUUUAAUUCAAGGAUUUUAUUCACAGUUGGUUAGAUACAAUUAGCCUGCAAAUGGGGAGGAGUGAGAAGAGAUGGCUGUAUUCGCUGGCAAAGAUACAUUGAAACAGUAAUGCGUGUCACAAGUAAUAGUGCGUGUACAUGCGGUCAUACUGCAAGAAGUCUUUUUAUUGCAUCGAACAUUCAGUCCAUGUUCAACGACCAAAAACCCUUGAUAUGCAAUAGAUAAUAUUGAAACAGCUAAAAUUAACACCAGAGUUUAAAGCUUAUUGAAGCUUUUAGAUGACAAGCAAUGUAACAUACUUGGAAAUGUUUAAAAGUGUAAAAACCAUGCACUGUAGUGAAACCUGAAUAAACUUGAUUAACAUUGAUUUCUAGACUUGCUAACACUCUGCUUUCAUUUUCCUGGGUAAAUAGAUUCCAGGCCUGGAAGGUGAAUCGAAAAGUCUCUCAUUUAGUACAGUACUUGUGUACCUGAAUUAUGUGUGCUUGCGAAUCAUAAUAAUGAUUGUUGUGUCACUUGCAUGUGCAUUCACAUGAUUAACAUGACAUCAGACGAACCUUAAAUGCAACACCAGGGCCUUUGCAGCGACAUAUCAUGCAUUAUUAGUGGGUACAACACGGGCAUCCCAAGAAUGUGGACAGAUUCGAAGAAAAGCUUGCUAUACACUUCAAUGAGUGCUGCUCACCAAGAAUAGGUUGUGGGCUCCUUUUCUUGCAUGUAAAAAAUUCCUAAAAAAUUCCCCACCAUUUAACUGCAUAUACCCGGCAACUUGAAAUCUUAGUGACAGCCCUGUAUUUUUCGAUAAAGAUGGAAUAGUUGCUGGUGUUGAAGAUGUUGCACUUUUAUUGUUGGUCACUUUUGGGACUUAAACGGUUAACCCUGUAAGCCCUAAUAUCCACAUACAAAUUCUCCAGACUGAUCUCCAUACAUUUCCUUCAUGAAUGAGCUGAGAGAAUUUGAUAAAAGAUCAAGGCAUUUUCUGUUAGGCGAUCAUUUUAUUAAUUCUCAUAACCUAAUCUCUUGACAUUGUAUGGAUGUCAUUAGGAGAAAAUUGAUGAUAGUCACUAUUGGGACUUAAAGGGUUAAGGAGUGUUAUGGGAUGCCCAGGAGGCAUGAGUAGGAUCUGAUAUUCUCCCAUAAUACUCCUUAAAUCUGAUAAAUUCAUUAUAGCUGCCAUAUCGGUAAAAAGGUCUAUUUUUGGAGGCUGUUGCAACUGCUACUUUUGAGAUGUACGGCUGAAAAUUGAAAGGAUACCUAAUGUAUGCUCUUUCAGCUGAGUGAGUUCUCCAUACAAAUCCUUGUUCAUUCUGAUAUUUUUAAACUUUGUUAGAUCUCUCCUUUAUGCAUUUCAGGUCUCAAAUUGCCUGGCAUUAAUAUUAUUAAAAGGAGUCUUGAGCCCUGUAAUGCUUUUAAAGGAAAAAUAUUUCACAGCAGAUUGAAAAUUUCAAAAUUUAGAAGGAUUUGUAUGGAAAACCAUUCAAGCAUGACUGUGUGGCAAAAGUUGUUUUUCUCUUACAAAUCCUUCUAAUUUGCGGCAGCUUUUGCAAUCGCUGCUUUUGAGAUAUACGGCUGAAAAUGAAGAUACCCUAUGUAUGCUUUUUCAGUUGUGCUAACAAAAUUGUUAGAACUGUUUUUGUGUUUACCAAAAGUGAACAUGUGAUCAACUAAUGCAAAAGGCUAUUGUUUUAUCACACACCAAUAGCGAUAGUUGUCCAUUGUAUGGACUGGGUUUGAGCAUAAUAAUGCCAUGUCAACUUUUUUCUUUCAAACAGUUUCUCUUAUUUGCUUGUUUGGCCAAGCGAGAGUGAUCCUUUAAUGUAGGCCGCCUAUUAAACAUGAUACGACUUUCUUAUUGCAGUUUUGUUUUACAGGACUUGAUGUCAUUGCUCAAGCGCAGUCAGGCACUGGAAAAACUGCCACAUUCUCAAUUGCUAUUCUUCAGCAGCUUGAUGUAACAUCUCGCCGGUGCCAAGCCCUUAUUUUGGCUCCAACCAGGGAGUUAGCCCAGCAGGUAUUUGUACUCAGUAUUUCUUCUAACUAAAAAGAUUAGGGACCUGACAAUCCUUAAAGUGACAUUCAUUACCUGUAAUACUUCUUGUAACUUAUUAACAAGUAUGUUGUUGCAAUAUUUCAGUGUGUGCAGGGGUUUCAUUAGGGGCCAGACACCAGCGAAAUUGACCAGCUGUGAACACAGCUUUGCCGGCUGCUUAAGGUGUUACAAAAGGCUAAAAUGCUUAUUUUUGAUGACUUUCCCCUGUUUUGGUGAAAAAGUAUGUAAAAGAUUGUUAAGUUAAUUUUCCUGUAGAUUCAAAAUCAUAAUUAGAGAUCAUAAUUAGCAAAUUGCUACCGGAAGUGUCUGUAAUUUGAUACUCUUUAAGGUAGCUCCAAAACAGUUUUUUGUGUUGUUUUUUGUAGAUUCAGAAAGUUGUGAUUGCUCUGGGUGAUUACAUGGAUGCCCGGUGUCAUGCCUGUAUUGGUGGAACCAAUGUCAGAACGGACAUCAAAACUUUGAAAGAAGAGGGAACUCACAUUGUUGUUGGAACUCCAGGCAGAGUUUUUGACAUGAUAUCAAGAAAUGCCCUUCGUGAGUCUUCUCCUUGUUUUAUAGGUGCUAUGAGAAGCAUUGUUAUAUUCCUAGACUUUCACUCAACUAAACAGGGACAGUCAUUGUCUGAUUCUUUGUCACAUGGCCUUGACUAAAAUCAAAUGUAUUGCGAUUAUGAUACAUUAAGCAAUGUACCCUGCUCGGGAUACAUUACAGCAUGUGAUCAAAACAUGGUGGAAAGUGGUGUGACAGAAGGCAGGAAAAACCCUGCCAGUUUUCUUUUUUGUGAAUGAACACAACAACACAAACAUGAAGCCUCAAGCUGAAAAGCAACAAUUUUCAAAGUUAUCCAAGAAGAGAAACAGCAGCUAGUGGAUGAAAAAAAUGCAGAUAAUAUAAGGAAAGUACUUUGUAAAUCAUUCAUUCAGUGGUUUUGAGAAUUAAAUUUGUGUUCUUAAAAGUACCAAGUCUACUGUUUUGAUUCGCUCUGCUUAAGCGUAUUCUUUUGUUGCUGCUGAAGUACGUUGAAGUGAAACUCUAGAAAUAUAACAAAACACUGAAUGUCAGGUCCCUCGGGAAACCAGUUAGUUUCGUUUUCCCUCGUGGACUUCAUCUCGCGAAACAUCAGGACUCUUGGGAAAACAGUAUUAAUUAAGUGUAUAUUAAUACCCUAUUCUCUUGUGUACAGGUUGUGCCUUUUUUGGGUUACAAUGGCAUUGUAGAUUGAUUUUUGGGCAAAUAGUAAUAAUUGUACUAACAGAAAUUGCUAUCUUUGUUGUUAAGAAACUGAUACUAUCAAGAUGUUUGUUUUGGAUGAAGCUGAUGAAAUGUUAUCAAGAGGCUUCAAGGAUCAGAUAUAUGAUGUUUUUCAAAAGAUACCUUCCAGUGUACAGGUGAGGAAAAGUGUCAUCAUAUCAACUCAAACAAGUGUGGUCCACAAAAUAAGCACCACCUUUAUCAGCAAAAAUACAUGUAUUAAUAAGUGCCAUGCGGCAGGUACAGCGCAGUCUUGACUGCAGGGUGGGAGAUCAUGGGUGCGAUUCCUGGGACCAGACCAAUACUCAGGGUCUUUAAAAAAAUAAUGGGAAAUGAAGGUACCCCCUGUGCCCUGCAAACAGCUAGACCUUUGCGUGGCUCAGAUGAUCAGGUAAAAUUUUAGAAGGAGACGUAAAAAAUAGAGUCCUCAGUUGGUAGUUUUGGCUAAAUACAGUAACUCUCAAAUAAAGUACAUUGCAUUACUUUAUUUCUGAGUAAGGGUUGCAUUCUUCCAACAACAAUGUGACACUGAUUAAUUUGUGACACUCUUUAAUGUUGAAUUAAUUACUACCAUUUUAACUUAUUUUAGUCUAUGCUUGUCAGGUUUUGUUGCUUUCAGCUACAAUGCCCCAAGAUGUUUUGGAGGUGACCAAAAGAUUUAUGCGUGAUCCUGUUCAAAUCUUAGUCAAAAAAGAAGAAUUAACCCUUGAAGGUAUCAAGCAAUUUUACAUCCAUGUAGAAAAAGAGGUGGGUGAAUUAUGUUUCAUAGUAGAUAUAUUUUUAAAGUUGAAAACUUCGUAAAAGUGAUCACAAAAUGCCAAAGCUUUUGUCUGCUUUGUACAGUUGGAUUUUGUUGUAAGUUAGGUGCAAAAUUCCUGAAAAUUUUUGGCUUGGCUCAUUCAUCCCUUGACCGUCCGUAACUGCCCAUGUGGAUCCACGUCUCCUCUAUCACUUUUGAUGUCAUCAGUUUUAAGGGUCAUGAACAACUUUGUCAGCUAGCUUGUGCAGGGUCAAGAGAUCUUUCAAACCACACAAGAACUAGCCUUGCCAAAAGGCGAACUCACUGGGCUGCUUACACUAGACAGGAACAAGAAUCGCCGAAAGGCGAUUUUUAACUGGGCUGCCAAGGGGCUAUUUUUUGUGAGGGGAAGGGGUGGCUAUACAUACUCAGGCUACUAUAAAACCUUGUUGCCGACCAUUGCAUGAGAGAGAAUCUCAUGUGAGACUGAAACAUAAACUCAUUAAGAACAUUGUACCCUUUUGAAAGACGUUCAUGACAAAAAAAAUGAGUACCAUUUUUAAGUUGGGGCUGUUUAAUAACUUUUUUACCAUUAUGAAUAAAAAUAAACAAGUUAGUCAUUAAUUCUAAGCAGGAAACGAUUUGCAUUAUUUUCACGCACCCCUCCCCGAAUCCCUCUGUCUCCCAAAAUAUAGCGUGACAGUAUACACCGAAUGCAAAUAUGGCGGAUCUCUCGGUCGGCCCGGGUCUAGCUGCGCGAAAGCGAGGCUAGUGAGGCCUUGAUAGUUUUGUUUUGACUGCGCGUCUUAGCGAUUCAGUCGAUGAAUAUGGUUUCCUUCGAGUUGUUACGUGCUUAAGAGCCAUCAAAGAGGAGAUUUAACUCCAGCAGAGACGAAAGUUGAUUAUCUUCGCUUUGCCAAAGUUCUUUACGAAGAAAGAAAUGGAUUCAAGCGAUUCUGCACGGCGAAUGGAGGCACUCUACUAUCACGAAGUUAUUUUUUAAAAGAACGAAAGUGUGCUCGCUUCACUUCAGAAGAGAAGACUCACGAAACUAUUAGAACGGGUGAAUAACUGAAAGAUUCAUGGUUCUGUUUCAAGUUUGUUUGUCCGUUCUCUUACCAAGGAAAGGUAAAUAUCCUCAAGAACGAGUGAAUCCGCCGUCGCGACUUACCAAUCUUUAGGCGCUCUCAGGGACACCAUGACAAACAACAAGGGCGAAUGUUUUUUUCACAGUCUUCACGAUCCUGUGUUCAAGAGUUUGAGCAGAGCCAUAAAAGAAGCAAUUUUUGGAAAAUCGCUGUUAGUUUAUCUCGAAACCAUUCGACAAGUUGCUAAAAUAGAUCAAUCACAAGGUCAAAUACAAUGCUCGAAUACUUGCACGCUGCUUUUCUUCCAGAACCUUUUUUCUUCUUCUUACUUUCAUAGUUGGCAACGGUUCCUCCGUUAGUUUUUUCAGUGCAUUUUGGUCAAGGACUGUUCUUGAAAUAUGUCGCUUUCUUCUGGUUCUUACAUAGUUUCACAGGCCACGCUUUUAGGAUUAACAGGCGAUUGUUAUUGUUGUUGUUAUAUUUUAAUGCAGCUGUUUUCAGCGUGAAAUCUAAAAGAUCUUACGGUCCACCGCGGAUGCUCCCGUUCUCGAGAAUGUUUACUUUUUGUUGGAUAAAUAACAGACCAUGCAAACAUCUUGGAACAGCACCAUCUCUUGUGAAAAUUAUUUCAUUCAAAUACUUUCGUGAGUCUUCUCAUCUAAAGCAAGUGAGCGAGCACAGUUUCGCUGUAAAGUGCUUCCCAUUGCCGCGCCGAAUCGCAUGAAUCCUUAAGUUUCUUUGUGAAAAGAUCUCGGGAAAGUAAAGGCUAUUCCAGCUAGAGUAAAAUCUUCUUUUUGGUGGCCCUCGGGCAUGCAACAACUCGAUGCAAACCAUAUCGAUCGACUCAAUCGCUAAGACGCGCAGUCAAAACAAAACUCUCGAGGCCUAACUAGCCUCGCUUUUGCGCAACUAGACCCGGGCCGGCCGAGAGGUCCGCCAUAUUUGCAUUCGGUGUAUAACGUGACUAAUUUGACGUAACUGGAAAUUCCAAAAAUAACUGUCGUUCUAAGAGUAUAAAAUGCGACAGGGUCAGCUACUCGCCACUGGGCUAAUUUACACUAGACAGAAAUAUAUUGUAUUGGAUGAAACCCAGAAGUUUACUAAAACAGACAGCCAACUGCCCAUUGAUCCUGAUCUAGGGGCCUCACUUACUGCACUGAGACUUUAAAUAGACGAUCCUAGUUUGCAGUUACAGUCUACAUGAAAACGCACUAUUUUUUGGACAAGAUAAAAAAAUAUUCAGUUUUAAUAUUUUCCUUUUGGUAGUUUUCUCUAACUUAAAGGAAUAACAUCCUUUGUAUUUUGUGACCUAAAAAUUUUAAAGAUUUCUCGCUCGCAUGUUGCUUUCAUCAGCACGCACUUUAAACAAUGUAAAUAGAUGAAAAGAUUGAUAACAUAUUUUUUUUACCUGAUACCGAUAUGAGUUAAAAAUUCGCGCGAGUUUGCUGUUUGUCUCACGACACCCAGGAUUAACUUUUCUUCAUGGCAGAUAACUAUGCUGCUUUAUAACUCCUCCAAAGUUAUUUUACCAGCUAAACAAUAUGGAAACACUAUUCACAGUCCUUGGAUAUUAAUAAGACUGAACGUAACGCACAAUGUGCCCUUGUUUACCUCUGAUCACAUCUCCAAGCGAACUCUCUCUUUCCAAGCGAUUCAUUUCAAUGCACAAUAAUUGACCCUUAUAUUAAUUAAACCCUAUGGUUCAUUCAUAUUAAAACUGUUUUUGCCCCUCACAUUUACUGUCUUCGUUCGUAUUCAAAACACCUUUAGGAAAAUAAAGGUGGUGUAAGUCAUGUGUAUUAUGUUUCGAGAUAAAUGGAUUGUACUUUUUUUUAAGUUCCCAUUUUGUGGUGUCUUCAGUCUACAUCUCCAUAAAAUAGUGAAAAUUUACAAAGGCAUGUUUUUUGAAACUUGUUAAUGCUGACAUCAAUGCAUCUGAUAUAUCGUGCUUGCUGAAUGGGCGAAAACACAGAAUUGUGAUCACAAGAUCAUGUAUAAAUUUAAUGAUAAAAGCUUAGUAAGAUACAGAUACAAACAAAAGCAAACCCCCUGAAACCUCGACCUGGGCUACACUUGUAUGCUCCACUCAUUGAACCAAACCUUGUCAGUAAUAGCUCUUAUUUUUCUCAAGCUGGUCUUUGUGUAGCUCCCAGAUGGGAUGUUCCGGUGAAGCCUUGAACUUGUGUGCGAAAUUCUCAGAUUUCCUAUUUUUGUCCGUGUCUUCUUUAUCCUCGGUAUCCAAAAUUUAGACCUCCAAAGUGGCGUGUGUUGCAUUAAAUGGAAGGAAAUUUUUAAAGGAAAAGCCGGUCUUCUAACAUGGCAAAGUGUUCAGGAUUCAUCUGACAUUCAUUGGCAACUGAGUUGUUUGCUUCACUGAGUACAGCUUACAAUCAAGUCUUCAGCCAUAGUGUCGUCAACUGGUGAAAUACUUUGCUCAUAAAUUGUGCUUAUUAAUUGCUCAUGUACUAAAUCAAUCGAUAAUUCUCUCUUUGAGUUCACCAAGCGGCCCUGGCAUUCCAAACCUUACCAUGAACAGCGUGUGGGUUUGUAUGCAACGUGAGCAUUUCUCUGAGUUUCCCAGCGCCGACAUCAUCAACUGACUUAAACUCGAACAAUAAAAAAAUUAUAGAGUGACUCUUAUGAUCGAUUCGCUUCGAACAAUGCAAAUAGCCUUCUUCAGGUUCGCAACGCCUUCUAGGUUUCUGGGGGGCGGAGACUAGGUACAAAAAGUAUUCGUGCAAGGGUCCAUGCAAGGGAAAAUCGUACGAAACCAUUUGUGAGAACAUCGUUUCUCGGUACCAGACCCUCGUGCCUUCCCUCCCCCAGGAGGCCGUUUUUCUACACAGACGACCAAACACCGAAUUUAUAACUGUGCCGCACAGGCAGCCCAGUAACAAUGUAUUGUUUGAAAAGGAUAACUUUACUAAUACAAACAACCAACUGCCCAUUGAUCCCAACCACGGACCUCAUUUUUUGCACGGAGACUUAAAAUAGUCUAUGCUAAUUUGCAGUCUACAGUCUGAUGAAAAUGCAUAAUUUUUUUCCCACAAGAUUAAAAUAAUCAGUUUAUAAGAUUUUUCUCGUUAUUUUUCUACAACUUAAGGGAAUUAAAACCCUUUGCAUUUUGUGACCUAAAAGAGUUUAAAGAUUUCUCUCUCACAUGUUGAUUUCAUCAGCACAUACUUUCAACAAUGUAAAUAGUUGAAAUGAUCGAUAACACAUUUUUUACCAUAAUGCUAAUAAAUUAUGAGUUGAAAAUUUGCUUGAGUUCAAUGUUUAUUUCGGCCAUGAGUAACUUGUUUUCAAGGCAGGAAAUCAUCCUGCUUUAUAACUCCUCCGAAUUUUUGUGCUAGCAACACAGUAUUGAAACACUAUGCACACUCCCUGGGUAUUGAAAAGACUAAACAAAAUGCACUGUAAAUGCACUAUAUAUGCUUGUGAACUUGUUUACUUCUGAUCACAUGUACAUGACUUCUGAAAUUGUUUUUGGUUCAAGUUAUUCAUCUCAAUGCACAAUAAUUGGCCCUUAUAUUAAUUAGAACCCUUUGGUUCAUUCAUAUUAUUCUGUUUUUGCCCCUCACAUUUACAGUGUUUGUUCAUAUUCAAAAUGCUUGUAGGAAAACACAGGUCGUGUAAGUCGCGUAUUAUGUUUCGAGAUGAAUCAAUAAUAUUAUAGCCUUUUUUAAGUUACUAUUUUGCGGUGGCUUAAGUUUACAUCUCCAUAAAAAGGGGUCAGUGGAUGAGGUACAAAACAUAUUUUUGCAAGGGAAAAUCGUAUGAAACAAGUCAUGAGAACAUUGUCUGUUGGUCACAGACCUGUGUCUUCCCUCCCUGGGUGUUUGUUUUUCUGCACAGAUGACUGAAAACCGAAAUUAUGACUGGGCUGCUGAUAAUGAGCACGAUUGAGUCAAGGCAUCUGGAGAAAAAGGCAAAAAAAAAGACAAAAACAAAAAAAUGUAACGUUGUCCUGAAAAGUUGCAUGAAAAUCUUGUUUCACUACCCACACCCUUUCCUUUCAUCUAACCCUUAAAGAUCCUCCAAGCUUUCCAAAAACUUUUCACACUAAAAUAAAGCCUGCUAAAUGUCCAGCGAAAGAAAACAUAAUAUGAGGCAAGAAAGAGAAAGCGAAAAAAGUAUCCUCAAAAUUUUGCUUUCUGCACAUGCCCGAACUUCAUAAGCUAAGAUUUUGCAUCAAGAUAAAUAAGCCACGCAAUGUACAACCUGUAAACAGCUUUGUGGUAAGUUCUAGCUCUUUUUAGCCAGACUGUGACCAGAAAAUGACUUGACUAGCUUCAAAACUCAUUUUUCAGCUAGAUUCCCAGGAGCGAAUGGGUUAAGUUCGUACUGGAAUUUCUCCAAAAAGUCUCCAAAUUCUUCAAAAAACAAAAAUUACAAUUCUUAAGAAGUGUUAGAGCAGUUUACAUUGUGUAACCAUAAUAACAACUAAGAUCAUGUUCUGGAUUGUUCUUACCAUCUCCCUGAUAGAGUACUAGUAGUCCCUUAGUUUUCCUCAGGGAUAGCAGAGGGCGUGAAAAUGCCCCCCCCCCCCUUCCCCAGAAAGGCGAGAUGCGGUGGGGAAAGAGAAAAAUGAGGGACUGCAGACAAAGCCCAAGCUCGCACAACGUAAAACUCUGAUUGGCUCUUCCAUGGAAAUCUGUCGUUUCUCUACUUUAUAAUGUAGUCUUAUUGGACUUGGUAAGCAAAUCGUUUAAACAAAAGUUGUGUUUCAAUAUAAUUUAAUAUUUUAUACUGGGGGUAUGGAAAAGCUGGAAUCUGGAUCCGGAACCAGAACCGGAACCGGAACCGGAACCGGAACCGGAACCGGAUUCGGAACUUAAAUUGAGACCAGGGUAAACUGGGAAGCACUGAAACCAGUUCCUGAUACCAGUGUGGGAAUAAAAUUCAAGAUGGCGUCCUCUGUUAUCAUUGUUUGGAGAAAGUUUCAGCACAGUGGUCGUGAUACCAAAGGUAUACUCACAUUCGGAAAGUGCUUAAUUGAUUUAGAAGGGUAUAUGAACUUCACACUCCAAAAUCAGUCGGCUGUGAAGUGUUAAAACCUUGGGCUUUGUCUGUAGUCCCUCAUUUUCUCUUUCCUUACCACAUCUCGUCUUUCUCGCGUAGGGUGAUUUUUACGCGCACUUGUGUUUUGCUCACUCUACUGUCCCUGAGGAUAAAUGGGGACUACUCAUAGUCUAUCUUCCUGAAUGUGCAUUGUAGACUUUUACAUUGAGUGCUUAAGAGCUCCAAGUUGGUCAUUGAAUCAAGUUGAGUGACCUGUAAACUAGCUUUGUAGCUGACUGACCUUUAAACUAGCUUUAUAGUUUACUGACCCGUAAACUAGCUUUAUAGCUAAGUGUUAGUCACGUUAAUAAAGUGUGUAUGUAUGUAUGUACUUAUUACCUGGUAACUUGCUUACUAUUAAGGGGAGUGUCCAUGGCAGUAAGGGAUGAUGAGACAGGAGGAACUGGGAAGAGAGAAGUGGGUGUAAUGGGCAACUGCUAGAGUGGGUGUGGUGUGUGUGUGUGUGUGUGGGUGUGUUGGGGAGGGGUAGGAAGGGCUGCAAGGACAGGUUGUUAACCAUUUACAAAACGUUUCCUGAAAAAUCCUGUUGAAGAAUUAAAUGGGACAUAGCUUUUUGUGUCAUUCCAGUGCAAAAGUUCCAGAAGCAACAGAACAACAGAACAUUUGGUAUUCCUGUCCAAAAGGUAUUCCAGAUGGAAUGUUUCAAACAGACAAUUUGUGUUCUAUUAUUUUGUUAAAACCCAUCUAGUUUCAGGCUUUCAUGGCCGUUUUUCAGUACAAGGAAUUGAGUACAAGGAAAUUUACAAGUCCUGAACUUUUCGUUCCAUUUGCCUGAACUGUUUAACUAAGGAGUCUGCCCAUGUAAAUGGUAAACAACCAAGAUGUCAGUAAAUGACAUGUAUUAGUAACUAAAAGGACAAUAAAGAAUCAUUUUAUAAAGUUAGAUCCCUUUUUUUAGGACUGGAAGCUUGAGACCUUGUGUGAUUUGUAUGAGACUCUUACAAUUACUCAAGCUGUGAUUUUCCUGAACACAAGAAGGAAAGUGGACUGGCUCCAGGGGAAAAUGAUGGAAAAGGACUUCACAGUUUCUUCUAUGGUAUGUCAUAUUUUAUAAGGUCAUAAAGUACAUAUUGAUCUUUGUGUGCUGUUUUUUUGUUUUCUAUGAACAAGCUUUAAAAGCAGCAACACUAGAUAUUGACCCCAUUUACACGCGCUAAAAAAAUCGGCACAGCACGCCAAAUUUUUGGCACCGUGCCGAGACUACAUCUGGGAGGUAGUCUCGGCACCCCUAAAAUUUUGAGCACUGGUGCCAUAUUACGUUUGGGACCGAUACGUUUACAUGUCGAAAACUGGGAGUGCCGUGCAUUAAAGUCAUCAGCACGGUGCCAAAAAUUUGGCGUGCCGUGCCGAUUUUUUUAGCGUGUGUAAAUGGGGUUAUUGAUAGCUAUCUCUGAAAAUAUUUGACCUUGGAAUGCAUGUAAAGGGCAGGAAGCUACGACCAGCGUGCAAAGAAAGUAGUAUCCGAUAACCCGGGGCUGAUGGAUUUUUCUAUCAUGCUAGUGAAUUCUGUUCAUAACUGAAUAAUUCAUAAGUGAAGUUUUUAGGGAAAUUCAAAUUACAGAAGAACUGUAUUCAAUCCAGCUGGUCAUUAAUUUUUUGGGUGCUAGUUGAAAUGACUUUUGGGCUAGUACAUGCUAGCUACAACUUGCCCAAAUGACUUUCUUUGCACACCGUACAACAUGUAACAGUGUCAGAAUAGAGGGACAUGGAGCACAGACAAAAUUUCAUUGGUGCUACCCUCAAAUGAAAAAAAUGUUGUCAUUGUCUGUGAUUGGCUCAUCUAUUGGUGCUAUUGCACUGAUAAAGUACAGAACCAUUCACACUUAACCCUUUAAGUCCCAAUAGUGACUAAUGUCAAUUUUCUCCUAACGAUAUCGAUACAAUGUCAAGAGAUUAGGUUAUGAGAAUUAAUAAAAUGAUCACCUAAGGGAAAUGCCUUGAUCUUUUAUCAAAUUCUCUCAACUCAGUCAUGAAGGAAAUGUAUGGAGAUCAGUGUGGAGAAUUUGUAUGUGGAUAUUGGGGCUUAAAGGGUUAAAAGGUUUUUGAUGUCUUUGCACUGAGUUGCCCUUGGGCAUUGGGUGGAGUUAUUGUGGGCUGCCUAUUUUUUUAUGUAGAGAAAGAGCAUUCAAGCUAGCCUUGAUUUCCUUUGCUCUCUUAAGUGCAGUCUCUGUUAUUGCAGGCUCAUCACCGAGCAGUAGCCCAAGUUCAAGCACACACAAAUCGCAGCGUUGAUACAUUAUUUCUGAGAAAAGAAAUUAAUAAACACCUCAUGAAAGGGGAUAUUUUGAGGUUGACCCGAUUUACAGAUCAGGGUGUUCAUUAGGCAUCGGAGAUUGGAGAAUUCUCCGGCUGUUACUCAGAAUUCUCGGGCUAAUGUGCGAUAGCCUAUGAAUAUUUUUUAUUCAGACGUGGAGCCUCUUCCACAAUAUUCUCUGGUAAUGUUACACCUUUCUCCUGCUACUAGAAUUCUUAAUGAAAACCUUGAUAGAUGAAAACAUUCAAAAUGAGGAGGAGCAGGAGGAGGAGGAGAAGGAGUGGAGGCAAUGAGGAGGCAAAGCCAUUUCUUGACAAUCAUGAGCCUAAAAUAAAAGCAAACUCUAAAUCUACAAUCUACAUAAUCAUCAUGUUGUAACUGUUUACAUUGUUUACUUGCUGCAUUUCUAACGAGGAUAUCAUUAUUCUACUAUGUUUUGUAGCAUGGUGAUAUGGAUCAGAAAGAGAGAGAGGUGAUCAUGAAGGAAUUCCGUUCCGGUUCCAGUCGAGUGCUCAUCACUACUGAUUUGUUGGUAAAUGAAUGUUUGUUUUUCUUCAUCGAGGCAGUGCUCUGUAAGAGGAAUGUUGCUUUCAUGUGCUGUGGGUCUUUAUCAGAAUCAUUAACUUGCUGAUUGUCUUCACAAAAUACUAUACAAUAGUUGAAGCAUGUCAUAUUGAAUAAUUUACACAGAUGAUCAGCAAGUUCGUGGUUCUGAUGAAGCAGCAAUACAUGUAGAACGGAUAGUGAACUUACCACAUUGUUUCACUGGUAUGCCAUAAAAUUAUUAAUGUGUGAAGGUAAAUCCUGAGAGGUCUUUAAGCUACAUGUAUGAUUUUGGGUGGCGGAAUUGUGAGUCACUGAAACUGUUUCCUGUUGUCUUGUGCUCUGGAUUGCAAGGAUGGACGUGGAUUGAAACUUAAAAGCAUUUGGCCAAUUUUCCUACUUUUUAAUGCUUUUCGUCAUGCAAAAAUCACCCAAAAUUAUUUUGGUUGGAGCUCUAUGGUUAGACUUUUUUAUAUUUUCUUCAUAACUCUAAGUAAUGACCUUAGCACAAAAUUAACCUAAAACAGCUAUAUCUUCAUGACAUAGCCCCUUUGAAAGACUAAAUCUAAUGUAAUGUGGAUUCUAUUUUUACAGGCACGUGGUAUUGAUGUACAACAAGUUUCUUUGGUAAUAAACUAUGAUUUGCCUGGGAAUCGUGAAAACUACAUUCACAGGUUAGGAAUGAGCAUGGAAUCUGUUCUUAACAAUAUUUGGAGUUUCUUUUGGUGUUUUGGGGUAAAAAUAUUUUCUUCGAGGCUUGGCAGUGUCUUCAUAUCCUAAAUUUCCCAAAGUUCCCUUAUACAAUUUUUCUUAUACUGAAGGACAAACAUUACAAAAUGAAAAUGGGCAAACAGUGAUUUUUGAAUAAGUUUCUUUCAAGUGGUAGAUGCAUGACGAAUUCUACAGUUUUAUGUUUAACAGAAAAACUGAAAAAAAGAUUUAAAGAGUUCAUAUGAUUUUGGGGGACGCUGUUACAAAAUUACAGACGUUUGUAUGGAUCUUUAACCGUGUUCCAAGAAUCAUAACUUGAUCCCUGUUCAACUUUAGAGCACCAAAUCCUGUCAAUUAACCAAUCUCAACAUGACCUUUUAUAUGGUGGUGUCAGUUUAUCGAUUUGUUUCAAUUUGAAAUUCGCCCCAGUUCCCUACGCAACUCCGAAAUUCUCAAUUUUUCGCAAAUUUUGCUUUUUAGGAUUGGUCGUGGUGGUCGUUUUGGCCGUAAAGGUGUUGCUAUCAACUUUGUUACCGAUGAGGAUAAACGUAUUUUGCAGGAUAUUGAAACGUUCUACAACACAGUAAUAGAGGAAAUGCCAAUGAACGUGGCGGAUCUUAUCUAA